GGGCCAUCGCCUGCCCGCCGGGUUUUCCCCCCCCUUCCUGACGGUCCGUCGUUCGCAGCCGCCCGGUAAAAAGAGGAGGCAAAAUGGCCGAGCUGGGCAGCAAGGGGGUCACGGCCGGGAAAAUCGCCAGCAACGUCCAGAAGAAGCUGACCCGGGCGCAGGAGAAGGUCCUUCAGAAGCUUGGUAAAGCAGAUGAAACAAAAGAUGAACAGUUUGAACAGUGUGUGCAGAACUUCAACAAACAGCUGUCCGAAGGCACGAGGCUGCAGAAGGACCUUCGAACUUACUUGGCCUCCGUGAAAGCUAUGCAUGAGGCCUCCAAGAAACUGACAGAGUGUUUGCAGGAAGUUUAUGAACCAGAUUGGCCUGGAAGAGAUGACACAAAUAAAAUAGCAGAGAACAAUGAUCUCCUAUGGACAGAUUUCCAUCAGAAGCUGGUGGAUCAAGCACUUCUGACCAUGGAUACCUACCUUGGCCAAUUUCCAGAUAUUAAAUCUCGUAUAGCGAAGCGAGGAAGGAAGCUGGUGGAUUAUGACAGUGCCAGACACCACUUUGAAGCCCUGCAAACUGCAAAGAAGAAGGAUGAAACCAAAAUCGCAAAGCCUGUUUCGCUGCUUGAGAAAGCUGCGCCUCAGUGGUGUCAAGGGAAGCUACAAGCUCACCUCGUUGCACAAACUAAUCUGCUCCGAAAUCAGGCUGAAGAAGAGUUAGUAAAGGCUCAGAAGGUGUUUGAAGAGAUGAAUGUUGACCUGCAGGAGGAACUGCCUUCACUAUGGAAUAGUCGUGUUGGUUUCUAUGUCAACACAUUCCAGAGUAUAGCAGGCCUAGAGGAGAACUUCCAUAAAGAAAUGAGCAAGUUGAACCAAAAUCUUCAUGAUGUCCUGCUGGGUCUAGACAAGCAGUACUCAGGCAAUGCCUUCCCUGUUAAAGCACAGCCCAGAAAGAAAACUAAACUGUUCGCCAGGCUGAGGAAAAAGAUGAGCAGGUACCGUGACAGCACCCCAGCGAAAGCAAAUAAAAGCCCCUCACCUCCACCAGAUGGAUCUCCCAUCACCAGCCCUGAGACCAAGACUGUCAACCAUGAGCUGGAACCAUCCACUUUGGAAGCGCCUGGGGCAAGCAUCCCAAAGUCACCAUCUCAGUUGAGGAAAGGGCCUCCGGUGCCUCCGCCUCCAAAAGUCACCCCCUCCAAGGAGAUCAAGCAGGAGAACAUCAUCAGUCUGUUUGAUGACAAUUUUGUCCCUGAGAUAAGUGUGACAACCCCUUCGCAGUUUGAUGCCCCUGGGCCCUUCCAGGAGGGAGCCAGCCUGUUGGAUCUGGAUUUUGAUCCCAUUAAACCAGAUGCCACUGUGGGGAAGACCCCCACACCUGCCUCCCAGUCUUUACCUUGGGAUUUAUGGGAGCCUGCAGAAGCAGCCCAUGCAAGAGCUGAAGCAGCUGGAUCAGAAGCAGCAGCUGGAGCUGAAGCAUCUAAAACUGAAGCUGACUCGACCUCUCUGCCUGCUGUUGUUGUGGAAACUUUCCCUGCAACUGUCAAUGGCGCUGUGGAAGGAGGUGCUUCAUCUGAAAGAGCUGACAUGCCCCCAGGAUUUCUGUUCAAGGUCCAGGCCAUGCACGAUUACACCGCCACCGACAGUGAUGAGCUGCAGCUGAAGGCCGGGGAUGUGGUGCUUGUGAUUCCAUUUGAGAACCCUGAGGAGCAGGAUGAAGGAUGGCUGAUGGGCGUGAAGGAGUCUGACUGGAUCCAGCAUAAGGAACUUGACCAAUGCCGAGGGGUUUUCCCAGAGAAUUUCACAGAACGGGUGCAGUGAAAGUCCAAGCCCAUCAGCUGCAUUUCUGCUGGAAGAAAGCAAGUUUUCUGAUAGAAAAUUGAAAAAAGAACAAUGGAAGGAAAAGAAGAGAGAAUUUUAAAGGAUCAGAAGCCUGAAAAAAAGUCAGCUUAAAGAGUGUGUUCUUCUCCAAGGGCAAGGUUUCAGAAAUAAAUUGAAAUUCAAAGUGUUAUUGAAGUAUACACAUAUUAAUAAUAAUAAGGCAAUUCAGAUACCCUCUUUCCCCUUUGGUUUAAACAGCAUUUGAAUUCAAAGGACUGUUGCAGAAGCAACUCAGUGUGGUUCUCUAAAUACUGCAUUGACUGAAUUGGUGAGAUGUCAGUCUGAUCCCUGGAAAGGCAGUAUUUGUCUAACAGCUUGAGAGUAGAAGGUCCAUUUGCUCUUGAGUGGGUUAAUCUGUUUUGUCUUGAAGGUGGCUUGCAUGGCAACCAUAAAAAUUCAGCCUUCCCUACAUGUUCAACCUACAGUAGGCCAGACUUUCUGUUAUGCUGUUGAAAAAAAAUGCUUAGUGUAUAGUGUUCACCAAUACAAUGUAUGUGUGUGUGUGUAUUUUAUUUUCUUCCUUUAAAACAGUGUUACACAAACUGUGAUUUUGUACAUGUAAAGAUAGAAGAAACUACAUGGAAAGGGCAUGAAGAAGGUGAAAUGUGUGAAGCUGUACUCAGUCCAAAGUUCUUUCAAAUGCAGACACUUAAAUUCUCACAGUAGUGUUAGCCUGUGAAAUCCUAAGGGGAAUGGACAAAUUCAAGAGGAAAACCAAGGAAAACAAACAUACCAUUUGGAUAUCUCUGAAAUUUAGGAGAGGAAAUCCUCUGCCCUCCCUGCCCCAAACCCUAUAGGCGAUUUCAGAAAAGCUUAGAUUCAUGUAGAUGGAAGAUAGCUCUAAAAUCUACUGGUUAGAAAAUUUGCUUUUAAAGAAAGAGAUAAGGGAAUAAUUUUAUUUUUUUUCUGUAAGAAUAUCUAAGAAAAAACACCGAGGAAAAAACAACUUGCUUUCUGUGUUUUUCAUUGGCAUUGUUUUUUGUGGAAUUGUAUUACUUAUCUUCCUUUGAAGCGUUCUGUAGGUGAAAUGUCAUUAGAUCAGCUUUCUCCAGUGCUGUGCUGAUGAUCAAGUUAACCUCUAUGAAAACUGGACUCUCGAAAUGCUCGUUUAAAAUGGCUGCGUGACUUCAUGAUAUUUUAAUAGAAAGGAAGGCAAGAUAUCAAAGUGUCAGUGUCAAGGAGACACUCUGCAGUCUAAUACUGAUGCUGAGUCCUUUCCUAUACCUUCCCUUUGCUUCUGUUUGUUUUUGAGUUUUGUUUCUUUAGUUUAGACAAGCAGAUGACAAGGCUGUUUCUAAGUGCAUAUUACACUUGUUAAAGUAAGCCGGUCUGACUCUCCAAGACUCUAAAGUCCCACAAAGGUACUUUAAACUUUACUUGAAUACUGAUGCAGCUGGCAAGCAAGUCAGGUUAUUUUAAUUUUUUAUGGCUUCCCCUCUUCCCCCAUGAUAGUUUUGCCCUGAGGGAUUUUUAACAGUGAGGUUACCUCCUGCUGCAAAGGGACAGGAUUACUCUGAAAUUAUCUUCUGAACUGUUAGAGUUGGCUUUUGUCAAAGCUGCACAAAAUGCUGACAAAGACUACUGAAAAGCCCACCUUUUCCAAUCUAUUUGGAUUAUUCACAGAACAACAGAAAAAAACAUUGUAGGGCAAAAAUUGUGGUUUUUAACAACAAUUAGUUCAGAGGGACAGAUCUGAUCUUGAUUAGCAAAUAUAUUCUUAUAAAUGCAUGAAUUAUUGGAGUUCCUGCUGUUUUCAGUCUGAAAGAUGAUCCAUGAUAGCUAUUUACAGCAAUUAAUAGGCAUAAAAUCUGUUCUACAUACACAAAUCCACACAAAUCCCUUCUCUCUCUCUUUUUUUUUUUUUUUUUUUUUAACUAAAUGUGCAGGAAUUUAUUUUACAUCACUGUUAGAAAACCCAAUCAUAUUUAGGAGUAACUGCUCACAAUACAGAAGGACUGGACUCCACAAGUUGUAGUAUGGUGAGCUGUUGCUUUAGAAUACUGCCCUGUUUGAUAUAUAUUUUUUUUUCUUUUUCAUUAGGGUUGUCUUUAUUAUUACUCUUUUUUUUUUUUUCCAAAAUAUCUAUUUUUAUGCAUUUGUGACUCCCAUUACUCCUUUAAAGAUUAUUCAUAUAAAAUAUACUUUUAAAUAUACAUAGAAAUAUAUAUAUAUUAAAAAGCGGGUUGAUCCAAUUAACAUAAUGCUGUCAGCUUAAAAUGUUUAUUUUUAUGCAAAACCUGUGGAUAAUAGCUUUGGGUUUUUUUUUUUAAAAAAACAAGAUUCUAAGUACCAGAGCUGUGAUUUUUGUCUUGUAGUAAGUGUUAUAGACCAUUUAGAAAGCUGUGCUGAUGCCUAAUUUAUUGUGGGGUUUUUUAGCUUUUGUUGUUGUCUUCUGCUGUGUUUAAACCAGAUGACUGUCCCAACAAAGAUCCUUGUAAGGCCUUUUCAUUUUACUGAGCUUGCAAAGUAACUAUCCAGUACUGUAUUGUCCCUGCAGAAGCGGUAGCACUCUGCAAAAAAGGGAUGUUGUUUUCAGGUCACGAGUGAUGCUCCAAUAUUGCCAGUGGGGAGGGCCUUGUGCCUCUCUCCAUUUGCUUCCCCCAACCCAAAAACCCCAAGCCCUACACUCCUUUGUUUAGAGCAGGUUAGGGUGGGUUACCUGGAUCUUGCAUGGCUCACAGAUAAGUGGUGUCAGCACAUCUCAGUCAGAUUCUGAAAAUGCGGGAUCAGACCCACAGUUUAUAAAUUGCCUUAUAUGAGAAUAGGAUGGCAUAGCUGUAAACUUGUAGAUGGCUAUGUUUUCUGGAACCCGGAGAUCUAUCUCCUGGGUCAUAUUGAGCCCCUUGUAAACAAACAUGGCUCCUCCCAUUUUCAGUAUUUUUACAUCUCCUAAAUACCUUGAUUCUGGUUGGUAUUACCUGAUGAAAUUAAUUUCCCAUCUUCUUUGGCUUAGGUCUAAUUCAAAUAGAAAGAGGGACAAGUAAACUCCCAAGUAGGCUGUGCCCACAGUGGUUUUUCAGUUUGCAGGCUGAACUGAAAAAUCUGAGGAAAAAAGUUGUAAGGGUGACCUGAGACAACUUUUUUCCCCAUUAUCUCAGUGGAAUGAAAAAGAAAAAGAAUGAAACAAACAAACAAAUCCUUUCAUGCCAAAAUGAAACAUUCAUUUCUAAGGUUGCUUUUUAACUUUUAGAAAAAUGUUGUGUCUUGGGCUAUAACAAAUUGCUUUGAAGCAAAAAUGUGAAACCUUCUGUUCUGAAAAUGCUGAAAGAAAAUGUUUUAAUGUUAGUAGUCUUUUUACCUUUGCCUUUCUUCUUAAUCUGAUGACUGGUUACAGUUAAUUCUAAACUGUAUUUUUUUGCGAAUACAUUAUCCACUGAAGAGAACCCAAAGAAGCCUAUUGCCCAGUUCUGCUCCACUGACAGGCACACUGGACACAUUUCAGGGAUUACCUGGUAUCUGGCCCAGCAAAGCUGCUGUUUCCCCACUUAAUAAUCCUCCACUUGAUUGUUUUACUGGGUGAACAAUAAAAGCAUCUCUCAUCCCGUGCCAUUGACUGGUUUUGUAGCCUGGCUUAGAAAGACAUUCUUGCUCUGGUCUCAGUUUGGUCACAGAUUUAUGACUAUAGAUUUAUGAUACUACUCCAGUUUGAGCCUAAUCCUAUUGUGCAGUGGGAAUUAUCAUUUGCUGAACUGAUAAGAAAGAAAUAAGGCAUUACCUUUUCUCCCUUUUUCUGUCUUAGCAGUGUCAGUAGUAUAUCUUUAUUAGAUAGAAUUAAGGAAGGUCCCAGGAUAAAAAUGAGUGUGGUGUUCCAGGCAAGACUCCUGCAUAUUCUGCUGUUUUCCAUGGGCAUUCCUCAGCUGUCUGCUUUUAUCACCUUUGUGUUUCUUGGCUGUGAAGGUGAUGCAGUAAAAGGGGUUGUGCAGGUUCAUUCCAGCUGCUCUGAGCUGGUCCUGCUUUGUGUGAUUUGGUUGCCACAGUCCUUGAAGCUUUGUUCACAGUUGCAGAACCCUUUCCUGCCCCACUGUCCAAAGACUGUGGCCAAGGCAGACACCCCCAAGUCAAAGGGGAUCUGAAGUAGGAGUGAGGGCUCCAUAUUCUGCCUGGAAUUGGGAUGUCAGCCCAAUUAAGUUUUGCAGCAGUCUCUGGAGGCAAAAGGCCCAAGGCCAAGGAGAUACUGGGAGAGGAUAGAGAGAUGAUCCAUUAGCAUUUUCAUUUUGGGUUGAUGUGCUGCCUCUCCUCUUAGUUUCAGGGAAGUCCAGAAACUCUUUAUUUAGGGCUGAGAACAAAACACAAAUACAGAUGUGCAUGGUCAAUGUGAUAACAGUUGCCUUUCACCUGCCAAGGGCACUGAGUUUAGAAUUUCCUCUUUCCUGCUUUGUGCUAGACAAACUGAAUGCUCUGCCAGUGUUGUAAAUAUUUUGGAUGCUGUGCAGUCAAUGCCCCAAAACAGGGAAUAGUCUUUGCUGGAGGAUACAGAGGUGUCUCUCCGCUCUUUCUAGGAGGACCUACAGAUCUUCCACAGACAAGGCCUGUGUACAUCUAACACAGUAACCUCUGAUCUCAGUAGCCUGUGUAUUUUCAUUAUCUGGCCUCACUCUCCAGCUCCUCCCACUUCCCAGCCUCUCCCAUACUCUUUGAGGAUGAUGGCAGCAUAGGCCAUGUCCCACCAGCCAAAAGUGCAAAGCUAGAAGAUGCACAAACAUGUCCAUCAGCAAAUCCUACACCCUAAUGCAGUUUCAUAGUGCUGAUAUCAGGAAAACAAGCAACAGCUUUUUGUCUCUGGGCUGCCAAAAGGGAAGCUGUUCCUUGCCACCCUGGUACUGAUGCAGACACCUUUCUGCAUGCGUGCUCUGGUUCGGACAUUACUGCAUAGCAAACUCCUGAUGGAAAGGGGCUCUGUGGUCCUCAGAGGUGGAUUGUGCCACCAGUCUUCAUGAAGCAUCAGGUCUGUAGCUGAUGCAUGGGGUCUGAGAAUUAGAAGGUUCUUUUGGAAAUUUUGCUUAUGAAACUAAAUAGACAAGCUACAGCUGUGAAGACCGAUCUGUAUGAGCUUGUACUUUGAUGUGUCCUAUGGCUAUAAUUUCUUCACCUGUUUUGCAGCAUAUUCUGCUAAUCCUGAUGCUAGUCUGCAUUUCAUGUAGAAGGUCCCUACUUGAAACUUGCCAGAUGCAGUUCUGGGCUUAUUGCUUCUCUUUAACUGAAUUAAAUGGGAACUACUUUGGCAAUGUAUUAGCAAUCUCUUUUCCUUCUGUUUGUUCAGUCUCUGAGUUUAAUCACAAUGACCUGAGAAAUGUUUGAGGGUUGAGUGUGGGAUUUUUUAUUAUUUUAAUUUUUGUUUUGUUUAAACAAAGCUGAACAAUUCCCAUUGUAUUCAGAGCUGUGACGCCCAGUUCCAGUGACAAGUGCUAGAUGAAUUUGUCCCAUCUUGUUUCUUGGCGAUGUUCAGAAAUAUAAUUUGUGUCAUCCUAA